AUGGCCAUAGAUAAAUCUCGUGCAGUAAUAGAUAAAUCAGAUAUGAUACCUGAAAUGGAAGAUGAUGCUGUUUAUGUAGCUGCAAUCGCAAUGGAAAAGCAUAAUAUUGAUAUGCAUAUUGCAAGUUAUAUUAAACAUGAAUUUGAUCGUAAAUACAAAGCAACAUGGAAUUGUAUUGUUGGUAAAAAUUUUGGUAGCUUCAUACAUCAUGACAGAGGAGGAUUUGUGAGCUUUCGUUUAAAUGGUUUAAAUGUACUAUUGUUUAAGCUGGGAUAAGUUUAAAACAAUACCUUGUAUGAAUCAUCUAUAUACCGUUUUAAUAAG